AUGGCGGCAGAUUCGUCGUUUCACUGGCCUGCAGACAGAAAAGACAUAUAUAAGUUUCCGGAGAGAGUAGUUCUGUGGGACGAGGAUGAGGCCGAAGAUAAACAAAUUAAACAAGUUGGAGCCUCAGCCUGCGGGGCUACUGCAGCGUUGAACGUGUUGGUAAGUUUUACAAAAUAGCUGAAAUUAGCAAAAAUUAAAAAAAAAAAAGAAACACUUUAUUAAAUUCACCUUAAGUUCAUAUAAGUUUAUCUAUUUUCCAGUCUCCGAGAGAAAAUCAAAACAGCCAAAAUGCAGAAAGAAGAAGAAGUAAAACCUUACGCAGUAUUAGCACGCACAUAUAGAAACAAAAUUACCUUAACACGUUACGAACCACCAUGUUUUUUUAUUUUUAAUUUCUCAGCUGUUGGCCGGCUGUGAUAUUUUUAAAAUAUGUAAAAUAAGAUAAGCUUAUGUAGCUUUUAUCUCAUUAAAAACAGAGACUUUUAUUUAGCUUUUUAGUUAUUUAUUUACAUUAAUCGGUAAAAUAUGGAGAGAGAAAGACAAGAUCAGGCGAACAUUUAAUAAGCUUAUACAUUUGAACCUCGAUUAAGCAGCCACCUUUGGGGUACCGCCAAGUGGCUGCUUAAUGGAGGUUAGGCGCACAACAGAGGUUCACCAUAAAUAAGCAUAACAUGAGCGUAAUCAUAGCAGAAACAUCACUUUAUUUUGAAACAAACACGCGACAGAGCAGUAUUACUGGUCCAUGAUCAGUCGCCACCUUCAAUCUCGGACUGUAUUUUACUUCAUCAUAUUCUUAAAAUAAAGCCAGACUAAGUCUAUGAUUCAUGUAUCAAGUGCUUGAUGGCCGCUUAAUAGAGGUGACUAAAAUGGGAGGACUCUCUCUAGGAUGGCCAAAAGGUGGCUAUGUAUGGCAGCUUAAUAGAGGUGGCUGCUUAAUAGAGGUUUAAGUUCCCAUUCUUUUCUACAAUUAGUUUGGGAUUUUCAAUUCUGGCCACUUAAUAGAGAGAGGCCGCCUAAUGGAGGUUUCAACUGUAUUAAAAUUAUUCUAACAUGACUAUGAAGCUUUAGGAACAAAUUGCCAAACUGAGAGACUGGAGCUAAAGAAUACCAACCUAAAUAUAGAAAUCUUUAUCAGAAAGCCUCAAAAUCAUGUUAGGAUUUUAAUAUAUUGAGGCCCUGUAAAUUUCUCCCAUUCAAAGUAUAUGUAAUGUUCGCAAAAAAGGUAAGAAUCAUUCCCUUGAAAACAUCACAUGACCUGUACUUUGAAAGUAAUGUAUGCUAGCUAUUAAACAGGUCUACUGAUGAGCUUAUAAUUCUAAUAUUGUCUUAUAACAGAAGUUGCUUGGAAAGAAUGCAGUGGUUGAUGCUGCCAUUAAAGCUGUCGACACAAAAUUAAGGGAUCUUGACGCUCCUUUACCUCAGUACCUCUUGUCGCGCAGUGUAGCAGGAACAACACAUACUGACCUUAUCAAGGGUCUUGACAAGUUGUCUCAGGGUAAUGUUAUCGGACAUUUUUUUCACAUGUUCCCUGCUCGUGACUUUGACUUGUCAAUCUGGUUAAAAUACUGGCUUAGUAAUGGUGGGAUACCUUUGGCAACACUCAAUUGUCAAAAGGUCCGUUUGUCAGAUGGAACAAUCCCAGAUGCUUGGCAUCACCAAGUUAUUUGUGGUGUUAGCAAGAAUGGUGUACAUCUCAUUAACCCAAAUGAAGUGAUUCCAUUUGGUGUUGUUUCCAAACAGCUCUGUAGUGAUUCAGUGCUUCUUAUUCGUCGUAAUGAUGUGUUGCAAAGAUGGAACAAUACCCUUGACUACUUGUGUUGGAAUUCAGAGGGAGAUAGAUGGAAGGAAUUGAAUGUGCAGGAGCAAAUUGAUCUUAUGGUAAAAGAGGAAACUUUACUACUACUCCAUGGUAAUGAGAUCAAAUACAAGGAGCUGUUGAUGACACAUAUUACCAUCCCUGCUAUAUAUAAAUCGGGCAUUACUAUUUUUGUUUUGAGAGAUUCUAAAGCUCAUGAACUUUUAAAGAAUGCCGAUGAGCUACCCUUGCUGGAAACUGCUUGUAGUGAUGUUCUUGACAGUGAGAAACAAACUAUGUGCAAUGAGGGGACAUUGAGUGUUUAA